AACACCUUUGGGGGCAAGUUGUUUUAUAUUGCGUGAUCUACACGGACCAUCUUGUAUUAUGACACGAACCCCGCGAAACGUUCGGCUUCCGACCUGUUGGUUUGUCACUUUUUGAUACUAUUUGUGACACGUGGUUUAAUACCUGUGAAAUUCCCCCAGCUGUCACUAUGAGUUUGUGGGUUGAUAAGUACCGUCCGUCAUCACUAUCGAAACUUGACUUCCAUAAAGAACAAGCUGCGAAUCUCAGAAAAUUGGUUCAAGGUGGGGACUUUCCCCACUUGCUUAUUUACGGCCCUUCUGGUGCUGGAAAGAAGACCAGAAUAAUGUGCACGCUCAGGGAGCUGUAUGGCUCAGGAGUGGAAAAACUGCGAAUAGAACACCAGAGUUUUACGACUCCAUCCAAAAAGAAGAUUGAGGUGUCGACCAUAGCCAGUAAUUACCACAUAGAGGUGAACCCAAGCGAUGCUGGUAUUUACGACCGGGUUGUCAUCCAAGAACUUCUCAAGACAGUGGCACAGACACAGCAGCUGGACUCUUCUGCACAGAAAGACUUCAAAGUUGUUCUACUGACGGAAGUGGACAGAUUGACCAAAGAUGCACAGCACGCUCUGAGGCGUACCAUGGAGAAGUACUCGGCGACCUGCCGGCUCAUUCUGUGUGCCAACUCCACGAGCAAAGUCAUCCCGGCUAUCCGCAGCCGUUGUCUUGGAAUACGGGUACCAGCGCCCUCUAUUGACGAGAUUUGUCAGAUUCUUCAGGUUGUUUGUAAGAAGGAAGGUCUCUCUCUGCCCGCCCAGCUCAGCAAACGCAUCGCUGAGAAAUCUGACCGGAACCUGCGACGGGCAUUGCUGAUGUGCGAAGCCUGCAAAGUACAGCAAUAUCCCUUCAGCGAGACACAGGAGAUACCGGUGCCAGACUGGGAAGUAUUCCUGCGAGAGACGGCCAAUGCCAUCGUCAAUGAACAGACCCCGCAGCGCCUCUUGGAGGUCAGGGGUCAGCUCUAUGAACUCCUGACCCACUGCAUUCCGCCGGAUGUCAUCAUGAAGGGUCUCUUAAAGGAGCUGAUCAGCAACUGUGAUGGGCAGCUCAAGUCAGAGAUCACCCAGGUGGCCGCCUUCUAUGAGCAUCGUCUGCAGCUGGGCUCCAAACCCAUCUAUCACCUGGAGGCCUUUGUGGUCAAGUUUAUGAGCAUCUACAAGCGCUUCUUGGAGGAAGGUUUUGACGACAUGGCAUUCUGAAAAGGCUGAGACAGGAUCCGUGCCCCCAGACAUCAAGUAAUUGUAAUUGUGGAAUUUUGCACAGGAAAAGGAUUUGUUUCGCAAAGUUCAGGUUAACCAGCCAAAAUCCUAUAUACGUGUAGUAUAUUACAAAACGGACUGGUGGUCUACAGAUUUUGACUCGGCAUGUUAAUUGCUAAGAAAUAUUUUCCACCUUACCAGCUCUUUGAAGUUGGACCCAGACUGUAAGAAGGCUUAUCUGAGAAAUGUGGGCAGCGCAAAACACUUUCUUGGCCAAUAAGUUCAACCCUAUUUCAGUUCAUUUUGAUGGAGACUUGGUAUCAUCAUGACGCUUCUUAAAUUUAUGACUGAAAAGCAUGCCAAGUUACAAAUCACAUGGCUAGAUUGCUGGCCCCAAGAAGGAACUCUUAUUAUCUUAUCUUAUUCCUUUUGUUUCUCAAGUUUGUCAUCCGGCAGCCUGUGUUACAGCAAAAAGCUUUUUUUUUUCUUGUUCUUUUUUCCCUGAAUGUAUCACAGUGAAAUUGAUAACAAUGGCUUUUAAUUGUAAGUCAAGGUAGCAUUUGAUCACCAGUUUUCACACUGGGAGUGUAAAUGCAAACGUAACUGUACAGUUUACUUGCUUCAUUAAAUAAAGAUAUGAAGAAUGUGCAGCCAAAGUGAAA